AUGGAAUUUUCCCAGCACAGACCUACACAGUUCAAGGAUUAAAACCACCAAAGCAGCCUUUCUUUUUGAUUAGGUGUCUCUGGAGCUACCUGCAUGCACAUCUUUCAACCACACUCACUUUGCACAACCAUAAACCUUGUGAAUUGAGACUACACAGACCUACAUCUGUCUAGUCACCAUGUCUAGUCACCACGGUGGGACAAAGAAACUUACUCAGAAAUUGAAGAAGACCCUUCCAGUGACAGGUCCUCAAGCACCCACUCUUUAUGAGUUGAUGCAAUGGUACUGCCUGACCACCAACACCCAUGGUUGUCGUAGGAUUGUGGUAUCCAAGGGUCGCCUGCGCAAAUGGAUCUGGAUAAUAUUGACCCUGAUUGCAGUGGCUCUUAUCUUCUGGCAGUGUGCUCUGCUGCUAAUGUCCUACUACGGUGUCAGCGUGUCCAUCACGGUCACCUACCAGAAGCUGGUGUUCCCUGCAGUGACCAUCUGUAACAUGAACCCUUACAGAUACAGUUCAAUGAAAAAAUACUUGGGCACUCUUGAAGCUGAGACUGUCGAGGCGUUGGAGGACAUUUACGGUUACAACAAGAUUUUAAACCGCAGGAGGCGGGACACCGACACGCCUUUAAAAGGACCGGACGAAAAGAUAUUUUUAAAAAAAAUACCUCUGCUUAGAAUGGAGAGUAUCAUUGACAACGAGUUGAUCGUAACGGAGAUCCCAAGCCGGAAGAGGAGUAUAAUGAAAUCAAGAGUCAUGCACAGCGGUACCGACAAAAAAGGAGUUGGAAAUAUGGUGGGAUACAAGCUGUGCGACCCCAAAAAUUCAACAGACUGCACAGUUUUCACCUUCAGCUCAGGCGUCAACGCAAUCCAGGAGUGGUAUCGCCUCCACUACAUGAACAUCCUGGCGGAGAUUCCAAUGGAAGAGAAGGUCGCUAUGGGAUAUUCUGCGGAUGAACUGCUGGUCACCUGCUUUUUCGAUGGCCGAUCGUGUGACUCAAGAAACUUCUCCCUCUUCCAUCAUCCCCUGUAUGGAAAUUGUUAUACAUUUAAUGGAGCCAAUAGGGAAGAGUUAUUGGUAUCGUCAAUGGGUGGCAUGGAAUACGGACUAAAGGUUGUCCUGUAUAUCGAUGAAGAUGAAUACAAUCCUUACCUUGUGACAGCAGCGGGAGCCAAGAUAAUGGUCCAUGACCAAAAUGCUUACCCUUUCAUUGAAGACUCGGGGACCGAACUCCAGACCGGUGUGGAAACCUCAAUUGGGAUGCAGCUGACAGAGUCUACAAAGCUAAACGAACCGUAUAGUGACUGCACUCUGGAUGGGACGGAUGUCGGUGUCCAAAAUCUAUUUAACAAGAAAUAUACGUACCAGAUCUGCUUGCACUCCUGCUUUCAGCUGGAGAUGGUGCGUACUUGCGGCUGCGCACAUUAUGACCGACCUCUACCGGAAGGAGCCAAGUACUGUAACUACAAAGAAUUCCCCAGCUGGAUUUAUUGUUACUUCAAGCUACAUCAGAAAUUUAUUCAGGAGGAGCUGGGAUGUCAGAACACAUGUCGUGAAUCCUGCGAUUUUAAAGAAUGGACGUUAACAAGAAGCGUGGCAAAGUGGCCGUCAGUAAACUCUGAGGAGUGGAUACUUCGAGUCCUUUCCUGGGAAAUGGGAAAAAAAUUAGAGAAAAAUCUUACGAAAUAUGACCUGGCGAACCUAGAUAUAUUCUACCAUGACCUGAAUUUAAGAUCUAUAUCUGAAAGUCCAGCUACUAGCAUUGUUACACUGCUGUCAAACUUUGGGGGGCAGCUCGGUUUGUGGAUGAGUUGCUCUAUGGUCUGCGUGCUUGAGAUCAUAGAAAUAUUCCUGAUCGACUCCUUCUGGGUCGUCCUUCGUCAGCGCUGGCACAAGCUUUGCAAGUGGUGGAAAAAGCGAAAAGAAGAUCAGCCUGAGCAAACUACCGACGUUCCUGUACCAUCCAUGACCGGGCACGACAACCCCGUCUGUAUAGAUGAAGAAGAUCCACCGACAUUCAAUACUGCUCUUCAACUGCCUCAAGCUCACAACUGUGAGGUCCCAAGGACACCACCCCCGAGAUACAACACCCUGCGGAUUAGGCCUCCUUUAAGUGAGGAACAAAUAGAUAUGGAAUACGAUAUAGUAGAACGUCUCUAAUCUUUCAUUUCAAGAGGUUGGUUUUUUGGGGGGAUUUUCCAAAGAGAGCUUGAGUUCAAAUAUUACUCCCUCUACAGGAACAAAUACUGUUGUCUAGACUCUAAUAAUAAAAGA